ACAGGUGCCUGAUUCUCAAAGGUGAUUUUGUUUUUUGUUGCGACAGCACUGACUGAUAGGAUGCCAAUUUUUACGAAAAAGUUUGCCCCCAAAGUUGCUCCGCCGAGGACUCAGCGGCUAAACAUCGGGAUCCCGGCCCACCAGGAGGAACUGGACGAUUUCCGGAGCAUUCGGCUCAAUCUGCUGGACAAGCAGCUGUGCUUCGUGGAUGGUGUUUGGAUGAGUUCUGUGAAAGCUACCGGAGGUGCUUCCGGAACAACUUCAGGAACCCUUUCGACGACAGCCAUUGACGAUUUAAUGAAGAUGAAGCGACGCAUCAAGGUGCUGGAACAGGAAAAUAACCUGUACCAGGUGAAGAUGGACGUCCUACUGGAUCUACUGACGGAGAAUGUGAUUGAAAUUAAUUCUUUGAAGAAUCAAUAA